AACAUUAGAAAUGGCGCUGCAAAGUGUAAUGGAAUGGCUUCAAAAGCGUGAAAGAGUUGAUAAAGAAAAGACAAAUAACGACUGCUGACUAAAUUUCUGGCAAGUUUGAAAGAAUAAUGGCGUCGGGUGAGGAAGGACUGUCUCAAACAAGAGAGGAGUACGAGCGGGAACAACAGGAGGUUUGCUCGACUAACAUUUUGCUUCACAGUCACGACACCCAGCAGCAGAUUGGGCGUGAAGGAUGUCGCCCUGAGUCUCAGGGUGGGAGCUCAACUUUGAAGCAGGGGGAACCACAGCUUCCCAACAUUAAAGAGGAAGAGGAGGAACUCUGCAUUGCUCAGGAGGGAGGCGUGCCUGUGAAGACUGAAGACCAUGAAGACGUCAGUGGAGAACAUCUUCAGCACAAGGAGCCUCAGCCCCUCCACAUUAAAAAGGAGGAAGACGAGGAUCACAGAAUCAGUCAGGAGGGAGAGCAUCUUGAAGGACCGGUGGAGCCUCCAGUGAUUGGUGUCCCUGUGAAGAGGGAAGAUGAAGACAAAGGUCCAAGUGAGGAGAAGAGAGAAGUGGAGCCUCCAAGCAGCAGCUCAACUCAACACAUGACAAUAGAAGCUGAUGGAGACCACUGUGGAGGAUCACAAGCAGACAACCUCUUAGCUUUACUAUCAGGUAGUGACGACACAACGUCGCACUCUCCUGACACUGAUGAUGAAGACUCUAAAGCUGAUGAGACAUGUCACACUGACAACACACACUUGAAAUGCUCUCAAUGUGAUCAAACUUUUGAGUGCAUGAGAGCGCACAAUGGAGAGAAACCAUAUGCCUGUUCAAUGUGUGGUAAAAGACAUUUUGAGAAGGUACAAUUGACAGUACACACAAGAAUACACAAUAGGGAAAAGCCUUUUACCUGUUCAGUGUGUGGUAUAGGUUUUGGACGAAAUGAGCAUUUGAAAAGACACAUGACAAUACACACUGGAGAAAAACCAUAUUCAUGUUCAACCUGCAGCAGAAGAUUUCAUGACCAAGCAAACCUUGAAAGACACAUGAGGAUACACACUGGUGAGAAACCAUUUUCCUGUUCCGUGUGUGGUACAGGUUUUGCACGAAAUGAUCAUUUGAAACAACACAUGAGAAUACACACUGAAGAAAAAACAUAUUCAUGUUCAAGUUGCAGCAAAAGAUUUAAUGACCAAGCAAACCUUAAAAAACACAUGAGAGUACACACUGGAGAAAAAACAUUUUCCUGUUCAGUGUGUGGUUCAGGCUUUGGACGAAAUAGUCAUUUGAGACAACACAUGACAGUACACACUGAAGAAAAAUCGUAUUCAUGUUCUGAAUGCAGCAAAUGCUUUCGUAACCAAACAAACCUUAACAAACACAUGAGAAUACACACUGGUGAGAAACCAUAUUCAUGUUCAAGCUGCAACAAAAGCUUUCGAGACCAGUCAAACCUUGCAAAACACACGAGAAUGCACACUGGUGAGAAACCGUUUCUCUGUUCAGUGUGUGGUACAGGUUUUGGACAAAAUAGUGACUUAAAAAGACACAUGAGAAUACAUACUGGAGAAAAACCACAUUCGUGUUCGAGCUGCAACAAAAGCUUUUGUAACCGAACAAGCCUUGUACGACACAUGAGAAUACACACUGGUGAGAAACCAUUUUCCUGUUCCGUGUGUGGCACGGGUUUUGGACAAAAUAGUGUUUUAAAAAGACACAUGAGAAUACACACUGGAGAAAGACCAUAUUCAUGUUCAAGCUGCAACAAAAGCUUUCAUGACCAAUCAAACCUUGUACAACACAUGAGAAUACACACUGGAGAAAAACCAUAUUCCUGUUCAGUCUGCAACAAAAGCUUUUCUCAUCGAACAUUACUUGUAGUACACAUGAGAACUCACUGGUGAGAGAGUGUUGACUUGCAGUGUGUGUGAUGAAAGAUUCUCUUAUCAGUACCAAGUUAACAAUGCUGUUAUAUUUAGUGCUGGUGAAAACAGCAGCAGUAAAUGAAGCCCUUUUUUUGCGCAGACCUGUCAGUCAGGGGCCCUUACAACUAUACAGUACCCUUGUGUUUUAUAAUGUACUUGUGCC